CAAUCAUAAGGAACUGUCGUCCGUCGCGGAGUGGUCUCGCUCGUCUUCUUCACUUUCCAUUGUGUAUUUUGUCGUGACGGUGGAGGCGUAUCGACGAUUUUCCCACUUUUCUCUUGAAUUUCUGUUCCUAGUUUAAGUUUUCUAUCGUUUGGCAAGUGACUCCUGGAAAAAGUGCGACGUUACGAUUGAAUUUUCCGUGACAAUGCUGGAUCGCUGCAUGGAAUCUAAAUCGCGAAUUUCACUCGGGACUUGGCAUUCAGAGUAGUGUGUGGAAAAACAAAAAUAUGCACAUAGACAUCACGUCGUUUCGCUCACUCCUGCCUGGUUUCGCUAUCGCUCCGUCGCACGUGUGUGGUUACGAGUCUGUUGUUGUUUUGUAAUAAUCCCAUCGAGGAGCGAUCGCAGCAGCAACAAAGCAAAACUCCAAGGAAAAGUGAUGCACGGUCCUGUCGUGAGUCGGAGUGCAAGUGAAAAGCUAAUUCAGACGAGUUUAGGAUAGAAACGGGCGGCACAGGGGAAUGCGGGCAGUGCGCCGUUAGGAAGUGUGAGAUUUAUUUGGGAAGUUCGUCCUUAGCCGUGGUCGGUGCUUAGUCGUUUCGAAAUGUCAUCGGUUUGACAGUUUGACGUGCGUGACACAUUGGGACUUAGCUCGGUUUUCUGCGCCCGACAGUGAGGAAUCUUUGAAUUGUUUGAUACCCGCAACCAUGGCUGAUUUCGAUGCAAUUUACGAAGAAGAACAAUUGGAUAAUGAGCCGCUGGACGAGCACGCCGUCGUGCCAACAGUUCCUGACCCGAUUUUGAUACGAGGCGCUGGAAAUAUGACAGUGUUUGGCCUAAGCAAUCGCUUCAAUUCAGAGUUUCCUUCGGGGUUGGUUUCGCGUGUAGCACCUGAAGAAUUCAAAGCCACAAUCGGUCGGAUAAAUGGUAUUUUAAAGAAAGCUCUACCAGUUAAUGUAAAAUGGUUGUUUUGCGGCUGUGUCUGCUGUUGUUGUACAUUAGGUUGCUCAUUGUGGCCGGUGAUAUGCCUUAGUAAAAGAACACAACUAACCUUAGAUAAAUUACUGGAAUGGGAAAACAGCCAUUUGUACCAUAAACUGGGCUUGCAUUGGCGGCUGACGAAACAACAAUGUGAUACGAGUUCCAUGAUGGAAUAUGUUAUUUUGAUCGAGUUUAUACCGAAAACGCCCAUUUAUCGACCCGACUAAAGUAGCUAAGCGCAAAAAUGUAAUGUAAUUGGUUUUAAGCAAGUGAAGUCGCGCAUGCUUGCAUGCCUCAAAUAGUCGUUUAAGAGUUACAAAACGUAGCAUUUUAAGAAAAUAUCUUUUUUUUUUAUUUAUCUCUAUUUGGUUUUCCUACAAGUGUAGAUUGCGUUUUUAUCUUUCAAGUUUUAAUAAUCAUUUUUCAUGGCGGAGUUUCUGUGGUGCUCCGAAUCUUGUCCAUUAUUUUAUGAAUUCAUGCAAUUGUAAAAAAGAAAUAAAUGAAAAAAUUAUAUCUACCCCUGUUCCGUUAGCGUGAGAACGAUUUUAUCGAAUUCUUUAUCGUGUUAAUUUUAAGAUAUGCAACAAACAUUUUACCCAUUGUGUAUAGAUAACGCAUUGAAGUAACACAAUUGAAUCACGAGCAGUAAGAUAAAGUGUAGUACGUGUGUAAAUGGAGCGUUAAGUGCAGGACUAAAUGCGAUGAAUUCUUUGUACGAUGAAUGUGUGAUGCGAAUGGGAGAGAGCAGGCGGUGAUAGUGCAAAAAAAGUAGAGAGAACUGAGGAUGAGAAUUACUAAGGGAUCGUUUUAAUUCCUGCGUUUUAAGUGGUUUAGUUGUUAUUGUACAAAAAUAGAACGUAUAUAUUUACUAGUAACUUAUGUGAAGCGAACAAGUGAUGAAGAAAAUAAUCUGUAAAAUUAGUUAUAGCGGAGUGAUCGCAGGAGAGAUCAUGGGCAAGAAAUUGAAGAGACAAAAUUGAAUAUGUUUCGUAAAAAUAAAGAAGAGAAUUGAGAAAAAAUGA